CUCCUUGGAUGUUUCUUUGAAGGAACUCAUGCAGCAAGAAUCUGGGGCCAAUGGAACGGCCAUUGCUGAGUUCAUCCUGCUGGGAUUGGUGGAGGCACCAGGGCUGCAACCAGUUGCCUUUGUGCUCUUCCUCUUUGCCUACCUGGUCACAGUUGGGGGCAACCUCAGCAUCCUGGCAGCCAUCUUGGUGGAGCCCAAACUCCACACCCCCAUGUACUUCUUCCUGGGGAACCUCUCAGUGCUGGAUGUUGGGUGCAUCAGCGUCACUGUUCCCUCUGUAUUGAGUCGUCUCUUGUCCUACAAGCGUGUAGUUCCCUAUGGAGCCUGCCUUACCCAGCUCUUCUUCUUCCAUCUGUUCGUUGGAGUGGACUGCUUCCUGCUGACCGCCAUGGCCUAUGACCGAUUCCUGGCCAUCUGCCGGCCCCUCACCUACAGCACCCGCAUGAGUCAGACAGUCCAGAGGAUGUUGGUGGCUGCGUCCUGGGUUUGCGCUUUCAGCAAUGCACUGACCCACACUGUGGCCAUGUCCACACUCAACUUCUGUGGCCCCAAUGUGAUCCAUCACUUCUACUGUGACCUCCCGCAGCUCUUCCAGCUCUCCUGCUCCAGCACCCAAAUCAACAAGCUGCUACUUUUUGCUGUGGGUUUUCUAAUGGCAGGUACCCCCAUGGCUCUCAUUGUCAUCUCCUAUAUCCACGUGGCAGUGGCAGUCCUGCGAAUUCGCUCUGCAGAGGGCAGGAAGAAAGCCUUCUCCACAUGUUGCUCCCACCUCACUGUGGUUGCCAUAUUCUAUGGUUCAGGUAUCUUUAACUAUAUGCGACUAGGUUCAACCAAGCUUUCAGACAAGGAUAAAGUUGUUGGGAUUUUCAACACUGUCAUCAACCCCAUGCUGAACCCAAUCAUCUACAGCCUCAGAAACCCUGAUGUGCAGAGUGCCCUCUGGAGGAUGCUCGUGGGGAGGCAGGCACUGGCUUGAGGAGGUCUCCAUUGACUCUUUCUCCCUGUGUCUUUUUGUACUAAAGGAAAAAUCGUCUAGAGCCAGAAACUAGGAAAAACAUGGUUCAGACCUGUUUCUAUCUCCCUGGGCAUAAGAAGGACUUUUUGUAGGGAAGAAUAGCUAUCAUUUCUUAAAGCAGCCCUGCCCAGUUUUAGGCAGUGGGUGUAGAGUUUCUGCCAAGCCAGCCCCUUAGACAAAUUACUUCAGGCACUGUGUUCUCCCCUUUCUGGCUAGAGGGGAAACCUGGGAAGCUGUGAAUGCUUACAGGCUUACAGAGAGGGAAUGACUCUUUGUUUGGAUACAGCCUGGGUUCCCAGAAGCACCCCAGAAAACUUCCCCCACCCCAAAGUCAUCUUUUAUCCUCAAGUUCAGGUAUGCUGCAUCUGUUUAUAAAUCAUAGGUCUAGAGAUUAGGAUUAUUUUAUUUCUCCCAUCAGAGCACUAUAAGCAAAAAUGAAACAAACAGAAACAAAAAACAAAAAAGGAGCUCUUUCGAUUCCCAUUAAACAAAGAUCCCAUAGCAUCUCCAGGGGGCAGAGGGGAAGCUGUAUGAUGAUGUGUCCCCUAGUAAUUCUGGAACACGAGACCUGUGUGCAGCUCAAAGACUUGCUUCUAAAUGCUCAAACUCCAUUAAUAUGUAUUAUAUAUCUUAUGACACAAAAAGGAAUUUUCCUCAUC